ACAGAUAAGAUUAGGAACCUGCCAAAGAACUUUUCCAGGGCACAGAGCUAUUAAAGCACAGGAACUUAUUCCAGGCCUAGAUCCGAAUGGAGGGCAGUUUCACGGUGUCAGCUUGAGUGGUCAGCUUGGAAUGGGACUACCAUGGUGAUCCUGGGCAGGAGAAGCCAUGCAGUGCCGAACGAAGACUGAGGACAGAGAUUCGGACCUUGUUCACUGUGGUGAUCUUCCUGGCCAAGUCUGAAGACCAGUGACCAGGGAUAGUUCUGGGCUCCCAGUCCAAGGGCACCCAACAGAGCUGCACUCAACAAACAGGCCUGGCCACUUGCUGACACAAGCAGGUCUCCGGCACAGUGUGGGAAGAGUCGGUCAUUCCGGUAGUGCAUCAGGCUCAAGCCUAGAAGACACCUCGCUGACCUUCUCCAAGACUCGAGAGCUGAGCACCCCGAGAGUGACCCUGAGGAAGGAAGGUGGCAACUCAGCCAGGACAGAAGAACCUUCCACAUUCAGCGCUGUUGACAACUUCUUUCCAGGUAGAAGGGAGCUCCACCUCUACGUGCCCACUGCCAGUGGACCCUGAGCCGGCACCAUGGAGAGAAGCCUGAGGAACGUCCUCGUGGUCUCCUUUGGAUUCCUCCUCCUCUUCACAGCCUACGGAGGUCUGCAGAACCUGCAGAGCAGCCUCUACAGCGAGGACGGCAUGGGGGUGGCGACGCUCGGCACGCUGUACGGCACUGUCCUCUUGUCCUCCAUGUUCCUUCCACCCAUCCUCAUCAAGAGAUGUGGCUGCAAGUGGACCAUUGUUGGCUCCAUGUGCUGCUACGUGGCCUUCUCCCUGGGCAACUUCUACGCCAGCUGGUUCACCUUGAUCCCCACCUCCAUCUUGCUGGGGCUGGGAGCGGCCCCCCUGUGGUCUGCUCAGUGCACCUACCUCACAGUCCUGGGGAACACGCAUGCACAGGAAGUGGGCGAGCUCGGCGAGGACGUGGUGAACCAGUACUUCGGCAUCUUCUUCCUCAUCUUCCAGUCCUCUGGUGUGUGGGGCAACUUGAUCUCCUCUCUGGUGUUUGGGCAGACUCCCACUCAAGAGGCCACCCCAGAGGAGCACCUUGAGUCCUGUGGGGCCAACGACUGCCUGAUGGCCACAGCACCCACCAACAGCACCCACCGCCCCUCCCAGGAGCUGAUCUACACACUGCUGGGCAUCUACACCGCCAUCGGCGUCCUGGCCAUCCUGCUGACAGCCGUGUUUCUGGAAGCCACAGAGGACAGUGAAUCCCAGAACGAGGCCGAGACGCAGCCACCACGCCUUGGGUCCAUCUUACUGUCAACCUUCAAGCUCUUCAGGGACAAGCGCCUGUGCCUCCUGACCCUGCUGCCCAUGUACAGUGGACUGCAGCAGGGGUUCCUCUCUGGAGAGUACACCAGGUCCUUUGUCACCUGCGUCCUGGGCAUCCAGUUCGUGGGCUACGUGAUGAUCUGCUUCUCGGCGUCCACUGCGCUCUGCUCUCUGUUGUUUGGGAGGCUCUCCCACUACACGGGCAGGAGAGCCAUCUACGUGCUGGGUGCAGCCACCCACCUCUCCUGCAUCGUGGCCCUGCUGCUGUGGCGUCCACGCUCCUCCCAGAUGGCAGUGUUCUUCCUGCUCCCCGGCCUGUGGGGCAUGGGGGAUGCUGUCUGGCAGACGCAGAACAAUGCUCUCUUUGGCACCCUGUUCGAGAGGAACAAGGAAGCGGCUUUCGCCAGUUACCGCAUGUGGGAGGCCCUCGGCUUCGUCGCCGCCUUCGGCUACAGCUCCUUUCUCUGUGUCAGUGUCAAGCUCUACAUCCUGCUGGGCGUCCUGGCGGUGGCCAUGGUCUCCUACGGGACUGUUGAGUACCUGGAAUCCAGGAGCCCGGUCAAGACCCUCACGGCCACACAGACCAGCCAAGCAGUGGAGGAAGAGACGGGGACGGCGAUGUGACAGCAGUGGGCCAUGGUGAGGGACUUCCACCACCCGAGUUCCAAAGGGGUGCGACGAGCCGGCUGAACGCAGGGAGGCAGCCUCCUGAGCCCACAGAGGGGUCUCCACAUUCACAUGGCAGAUUCAGGACUUGCUUCCUGUCCGAUGCUGAUCUCCCAGAGGCUCGCACACCAUCAGGAACCGGGGCCGCCCUGAACAGGGCCAUGCACACACCUCGAUGUCCUGAGUAAACAGGUGCUGGACUGCAUUGCACCUCAGUGCAAGGGGUUCUGACCUCCGCCUGGAUAGAAAGGUGCAGCUCUGGCAGUGGGCGUCUCCCGAUGGGGUUGAAUCACACCCCCUGUGGGUUGUCAGCCUAGCCUUUGCCCUUUUGUGGAUAGAAUGUUCCAUGCGUUAGCCCCCCCCCCCCCCCCAUUAAUAAAACCCAGGUUUGAGGCAGGCUCCCUCUGUCUUGCCUCCUUGGUGGGAGCUGGGUCAGAGAGGCCAUCACUGAACCCAAAGAAAGAGGUAUUUCUCUGUCAUUGCGUCCUGCCAGCCCAGUUCACCUGCAGGACCCUGACUGUUUAGUCGUGUGUUGUGACAAUCAGGGAAGUGACUGGGCGUGCUGCAGACCAGCGGAAUCAUCCAGAAUGCCUCCAACUGGGCAGGGACAGAGGACCUUGCCAUGCCUGAGCUGGGCCACAGGUGUCUGUCACUACUUCCUGGGUGCACUGUCCCUUACGUGUCUCCUCCUUGCCGCGGGCAGUGCUGUCCACACUCUCUCCACACUGUCCUUCUUGGUCCCAGUGGUUCGGUGUCCUUUCACCUCUGCCCAAGCCCCUCUCCCUGCCCCCUUGAAUUUGUGCCCGGCUCCAGGUGCCCUCUGUGCAGACGGCUCACCACGCCAUCACACACUGUUGGCAGAGCGUCUCCUCCAGUGGAACUCGGCCUCCCAGCGUGUAGCGUGCCCUCCGGCAGCUGCCACGCCGUGGCAAGUGGAGAGAAGGCCAUCCCAAGAGCCCUGGUGCGUUCCAGCCACGGGCUCCCUGCAUCCAUGGUCCCCUCCCCAGUGCUCCCUGAGCCCCGUGACGGACGGUGGCCUCUGUCUGCAGAUGAAACAAGGGCAGAUGCUGGGGUGGACCUUCCUUCUCCAGCCAGCACUGGCCAAGAGGGCACAGGCCAAGAAAUACACCCUGCACUGCCACACGGGACGUUCCUGGCCCCUGGAGUGUCACUUUGCCCCAAGCUGAGCUUGGCCUCUCCCCCCUGCAGAAUUCCCCGUGUCCCUCGUGUCCAGGAUGCAGUGCCCUUCCUGCUGUCUCCAGGCUCAGCCUGGCUGUGCCAUGUGCAGUGAGCUGUGGUUCCGCUCUCCUCCGGCCCGUGGGGUCGCCUCGUGCUCCCUGCUCCCUGCAGGGCCCCUCUGCUCACUUCCUGCCCUCUCACUGGUCUUACACCUACCAUUUUCCCUGCAACCUGGGCUACUAAACAAGAGGAUUGUGCUACAGCCCAAGCCCCCGGGGGGCUCUCCUGUCCACUGCUCACCGUCUGGACUCCUGCCCAGGAAGCACCUGCCAAACCUCAUCCUCAGAAUUUCUCUUAGACAUUUCUUCCUUCCCUCCCAACACCUUUGCCCUCCCCUUUCAGCCCCCCCCUUGCAGGCCCCCCCACGCACCCUUAUCUGUAAGGUCCCUGACUGACCAUGGCUCCUACACAUGGAGCUUGGGUCACUGCAAAGAGCCAAAUCUGGCAGCCCUGACUUGUUUAAUCCUCGCCUAAGGGAGGCUCAAGGAGCCCACAGACACGUCUGAUGCUCCGGGCGGCCUGUCGUGAGCUGGAGUGAGCCACAUGGGUGGGUGGACGUGGCCUGGAGGAUGAAGCCGAGAGGGGUCAGUCCUGCUGCUGGAGGCCACCCCCUACUCUCCCUGAGCCUAGGGUGGUGCUGGACAGUGCUGCCUCCCCAGGAGACUGGAGCCUUCUUCUCCUGGGCCUCCACUUCCAGGCUUCAUAAAGCCACUUAACCUGUGUCAUUUACACAGUGAGGUAAAGUGCUCCCAAUAGUUUACUGUAGUGACAGAGAUGCUGGCAAAAUAAUGCAAAAUAAAAAUUAGAGAAGGCAGAGGCAUCCCACAAGUUCUAUAGUCUCAUGUCCAACUCAAGAACAAGAGAUUCGUUUCUUCCACAUCCAUUUCCAGGCCUGAGUCAAAAUGACUCUCAUGGUGGGGCCCUGACUCCAGCCACUCCAGAACAUUCUCUCUUAGAGCCCUGAGCAGCUUCUCCCAGGCCUGGUGCAGACCACACAGAACUCCUGAAUCGGGGGCUGGAGGCGGCACUGAAAAACCAGCCUCUAUCUCAGAGCAAAGCCUGUCCAAGGAAGGGACAUGGCCUUUGUCCUUGGAAAAACCCACAGAGCACUCCUAGGCACAUUCCUGCUAAGUUGUUUAUCUACAAAUAACAGGAGAGAUCUGCUGCGCCAGGAGUCCCUGACUCAGUCAGGCUAGGAGAGACCCAUAGCAGCCCCCUAGCAGCCACCAAUCAGUGUGAGACAGGGAAAUAUCUGGGAUGCCAGAUGACCCUCCAGUAGUUUAUGGUGGUUGAUAACAUUUUGGGAAACCAUGUAGUUCAGCACGUACACCCCUCGUGGCCUAAACCAAUCAGUUCAAAUGAAUCCCCCUCUUGUACUGACCAAUCACCCCUACCCAACUUGUUCCCGCCAGUGAAUGUGCUAAUCAUGUUUUAGAGUUGUUAUUUGAUUUUCCUGCGGUGUGUGAUGAUUUGCUAUGAUGUAUGUGAAGUCCCUGCCUUCUCCAAAGAAUGUAUAAAACUGCUGCAAACCCUGGGCUCGGGGUCUCUCAGCAUCACCAGUUGCUGUGUGUGCGCGCGGAGGACCGAGCUAGCUUGCAUUAAACACCUCUUUGCUGCUUACAUUGA